AUGGCCAUAACAACAAGGAGACCAUCCCGGGUGAUCCGCCGCGGAGAAAAUGUGUCUCUUAACUGCAAUGCGACCGGAUACCCUUCUCCAAGCGUCCAGUGGACACGCAACGGUACGUCGUUUGGCUUCAAUUCUAAAAAACGCAAUGACACACCGGCGAAUAAUCGAAGAAGACAGCAUGGAUUUGUUCUGCGCAUAAGAAACAUCCAAAAGAGUGACAGUGGCAAGUAUAAGUGCAACGUUUCAAAUAGUGCCGGUUGGAUACAAAAAACGUUUACCGUGGUCGUGAUCGAGCGUAAGAGAACUCCUCCAGUCAUCACUGAAAUUAGCGGAAAUCAGACUGCUUGUGAAGGCGACAACGUAACGCUGAAGUGUAAAGCUGAAAGUGACCUGACACCGUAUCUCACGUGGGUGAAACAAUGUACUGUUAAAGAUAAAGACUCCGCAAAUGAUGCCAUUACGGUCCCUAAAGAGGAGAUAAGUGUCCGUCAAGGUGACGCCGUAUAUAUGUUUAUAAAGAAUGCCCGGAAAUCUGACAGUGGACAAUACGUGUGCUCAGCCACGAAUAUAUUUGGAUCCACAAAUAGCAGUACCUGGAUUAGUGUGUUGACUGUUGGGGAAAGAAGCACUUGAGCCUUUCAUUUCACAUGACCAACUUAUGCAACCAUGGAGACAAUAAAAUGAG